UGAGGCACUGACAGCAAGGAGCGAAGGGUGAAAAAUGCGAGGAGUAAGCUCUCGGUAGCUAGUUAAUAAGAAUAAAAAGUGUAUGAUUCGGUCUUGGGGGGCGAUGAGAGAGGGAUAAAUAGGUGAAACAGUCGCGGGCGAGGUGGGAUGUGGCGAGAUGUUCCUGAGGUCCAACCUUUGGAGUAGUCAGCAGGGGCUCAACGUCCCAGCUUCCAGGACCCAGGGGACGCAAAGCUACGGGUAUACCAGCUUACCUUGGGGGGAUUGCCGACUCAAGAGAGCAGAGGAAGCUAUGCGCAGGCUCUCUGGGUGGUCUGCGAGCUGUUUGAGUGUUUGGAUUGGGUGCACUCUCGCAAACAAUCCGACUGAGGGCGACUGAGGGCGGCGGGUGGAUAAGCCGGAAAGAUAGCCGGGCAAGUGGCGUAUCGAUAGAGGUGAAUUUGGAGUCAAUUGAUGAUAAGGGCGGAGUUCGCUGAUUACGAGUUAAGUAAUGCAGGGGGUGAAAGAAAGCUCACAGCCAAAGGAAGGGAGAGAGUGAAGCCUGAGGAAAGGGAAGAGGAAGAAGAAGGGAGGACGAUGUUCUUUGAGAAGCUGCAGUGGAAGUUACUAAGGCGAGUGGCUGCUGGGGAUCUCAACAAAAGGACCAGUGGGCAUCAGUGUCUGGGACUGGCAGUUGCUCGCAGGCUGGCCUCCGAGAGUCAAAGCAAUAAUAAUGGAGUUACGAGAGGCUGCACGUUACUUCCGUGCUGCGCUGUGUUCUGUUUCAACCCCGGUGACUGUCGCGGGAUCAACCACGAAGCUACCGCCCAAUCGCAGCACCUUCAGUGGGCCGAUGAGCAUAAAGCAGGGGCCACGACUGGGCCAGAGCCAAGGAUCCGCCCCACAUCGGAGUCACGGGGGAGCUGCACUUGGGUCUGUGCUACUCGACUGGCCAAUGGGAGCCACCCUGUGAACUCAAUCCAGGCCGAGAGGAUUAUCGGUUACUGCCACGCACUUUAUCGGCGCACGACCAGCAGAGGAAAAGAGGCAUGUUUGGUGCACUAAUGAGUGUAUAGAGAGCGUACUGAACAAUGGAAGAA